AUGACCAGCACAACAACUGCCAACAUCCCCCGGGUCAUUCUCGGAACAAUGACCUUCGGUCUCGAGAACACCAGCGCAGAGACAUCCGUCGUCCGUGUCCGUGGCGUCGAAGACGUCGCCCCCUUCCUCACAACCCUCUACGCCCAUGGACACAUUGAAGUUGACACUGCCCGAAUCUAUGGCAACGGUGACUCAGAAGCCGUUCUCUCUCAGCUGCCGACCGCUCAUUUGAAGAUUGCGACCAAGGUCUAUCCUCUUACUCCCGGAAGUCAUAACAAGGAAAACUUGCCUCUCCAGUUCAGGGAGAGUCUGAAGGCGCUCAGGGCGGAGAAGGUUGAUAUCUUGUACUUGCAUGCUCCUGACUACUCUGUUCCUUAUGAGGAGACUGUCAAGGCGAUCGAUGAUCUCUACAAGGAGGGCCUCUUCGAGCGUUUCGGUCUGUCAAACUACUCGGCCUGGAACGUCGCUCAGAUUUACGAGAUCUGCAAGCAGAACGGAUAUGUCCGUCCCUCGGUCUACCAGGGAAUGUACAACCCUAUCGCCCGCUCCGUCACCACCGAGUUGCUCCCUUGCCUCAAGCACUACAACAUUAGUUUCUAUGCCUUCAACCCCAUCUGUGGCGGUGUGCUGUCCGGAAAGUACAAGUUUGCAGAGGACGAGGUCAAGGAAGGAGACCGCUAUGACCCCAAUACCCGUUUCGGAAAAUUGUUCCGCGAGCGUUACUGGACAAAGAAAAACUUUGAGGCCGUCCAAACACUGACAAAGGUCGCUACCGCCAACAACCUCACCCUCCUCGGAGCAACCCUUCGUUGGAUGCGUCACCAUUCAGGUCUCGAGGCUAAGGACGGAAUCAUCAUAGGCGCCUCGACAGUUGCACAGCUGGAGGAGUCUUUGACCGAGUUGGACAAGGGUCCCUUGCCCGAGGAGAUGAUCAAGGCAUUUGAUGAGGCCUGGGAGCACGUCAAGUCAACGACCACCUGGUACUUCCGCGGACCUGAGGCUCCCACGCUGAUGUUUAUGCUCAAGAAGGACUUGGAGAAGGAUGGCAAGUAG